UGAUAUGCAUCUUGCACUUGGCUUCCACAACGUCAGGACGUCUCUCACAUACACGACCUGAAGGAUGAUGUCUGAUUACUCGGACGACGAUGGGAGUAUGUAUGACUACGAUUCUGACGCAAUCAGUGUAGAAGAGGACGACGAUGUUGCUCCAGCGACGAAAAACAAGGGCAAAGAGAAGAGCACUCCGUUCGAUGCGCGAAGUCUAUCGAUAGAGGCCCUGCAAGAUGCAGUGGCAAAGGACAUCCGCCGUGUGGCGGACUUGACGGGCCUCCAGCCCCCAAUAGCCUCGAUAUUGCUUCAGUACUUCCGAUGGAAUGAAGACAAGCUGCUAGAACGAUUCAUGGACUCGUCGCAGGACGUGCUCCGCGAGGUCGGCGAGCCGCAGAACGGCCCGUCCCAGGAGACGGCCCGCCGCCCUUCGAAGCGUGCCCGCCUAGAUACACCAUCUGAAUUUAUGUGCAUGAUAUGCUGCGACACGCCACCCAUAGAAGAGGCGUCCGACAUUCGCUGCGGGCACAAAUUCUGCUCCAGUUGCUGGAAAGAGUAUGUCAUGACGAAGAUCAAACAGGAGGGCCAGUGUUUCUUCAAGUGCAUGCAAGACGGAUGUGCCGUUACUGUGGACGAACCAAACAUUAAGCAGCUUGCCGAUGAUGCUACUUUCGAGAGAUACAAAGAACUGCUACGGGAGUCCUACGUCGGCUCCAAUGCCAAUUUGAGGUUCUGUCCACAUCCUGGCUGUGCAGAGACUGUGUGGUGCACAGGCGGCCGAGGGCAGUCUCUACUUACCGAAGUUCCCACCGUACGGUGUAGUAAAGGCCACAGCUUCUGUUUUGGAUGUGGCCACGAUUCGGACCACCGCCCGCUGAUAUGCAGGCUUGUCCCCGUGUGGAUCAAGAAUGCGCGCGACGACGCAGGCACAUCGCAGUGGCUCAAGGCGAACACGCGAUCCUGUCCCAAAUGUGGGAACAGCAUCGAGAAAAACGGCGGCUGCAACCGCAUCCUCUGCCGACACUGUCAGUACCAAUUCUGCUGGCUGUGCAUGAAGAAGUGGGAGUCGCACGGGUACAACAACGCGAUUUGUAACGCGUGGCAGGAACCCGAGCCCGACGAGGGCACGAACGAGGCAAAGAAGAAUCUCGAGAAGUGGCUCUUCUACUUUGACCGCUUCAAUAAUCACGAGCUCUCGGCGAAACUGGACCAGGACCUUUGCCAACGGACGGAAGAGAAGAUGCUCGAGGUACAGGAGACGUCGCAGUUGUCGUGGAUUGAGUCGAAGUUCAUGCAGCAGGCUGUCGAUGUGCUGACGGCAUGUCGCUUAACGUUGAAGUGGUCUUACGCUAUGGCGUACUUCUUGACACCAGGCAACCAGAAGCAGAUUUUUGAAGACCUUCAGGCAGACCUUGAGAAGGCUGUUGAGGAGCUCUCACAGAUGCUGGAGGAAGACAUCGAGACGAAGACUGUCAAGGCUCUGCGCCUGCGUAUGGUGGAUAAGACGGUUUAUGUACGUGGUAGGCACGAUGUCUUGCUCCAGGACACCGCCGCUGGUCUUGCCGAGGGGCGGUGGUCGUGGAUCAUCCCGGUAGAGUGAUGCAAUGAACGGAACUCUUGGCAGGAUUACGAACAAUCGCAUGACACUAAAUUUUUUUUCAUUGUGGUCGGGUGUAUGUUCCAAUGAGAGGUGGUAUUGCCUAUAGUAUUAGUCGAAUUAUAGUUCAAAGCAUGCACGACAGAACGCGAGAGGGAGCGGUACUGGUUGUCCUGAGAGCAUCGCCACAUCAAUUACACCUUGAAGCCGUAACCCCGCAUGCAGGCAAUAUGGGCCUGGACGAGCUCCUUGCACUUCUCCGUCGCCUCCGAAGAGUCGUGCUUGAGGAAGCAGUCGUCACGCACGGACUUUGUUUGUGGGCAAGCGCAGCAUCUAGUGAGACCGUGAACGACAGCGGUGAAUGUGGAAAAAGAAGCGACACGUACGGCUUCAGGCCCUCCGGGUUCAGUGGAUUCUGCUUGGGAUCUGUUGGGUCGAAUGGCUUCGCCUCGGGUGCAGGCGUGGGGGAAGAGCCUCCCCACCACGAUGAGAUCUGACUUCAGCU